GGAGCCGCGAUAGAAACACGCGGCUCGAACAAAAUGUCUCCAUUCUUAGCUGCCAUCCUUUUGCAUGGCCUGUGCGUGGCCAGCGCCAUUGACGACUUCACAACCGUCUACGAGUGGGAAAAAUUCGAUUACCUCUGGCCAUCAGGAGCGGACAGUUCCAUUGCAGAGAUUAAACAAAAUUUCAAUCCAUUGGAGGCUGAUCUUCGUUACAUGGCUGUUUUUGGAGAGAGGCUGUUCCUAAGCAUUAUUGUGCAUUCCGGAACUCCCGCCUCGCUCGUUUGGCUGCCAAAGAGCGGCACUUCGACUGCGACUGCACCUCCAAAGCUUGCUCCUUUUCCAUCCUGGGAUUUACAUAAAAAAGAUAACUGCAACACUAUUCAGAACGCCAGAGGUUUGGAACCGGACACUGAAGGUCGGUUGUGGGUGGUUGAUGACGGAAAUAGCAAUUGUCAGGCAAAACUCUGGAUAUUCGACCUGCUCAACAACGACGCAACCGACCGCAUUCACCAGUUCCCGAACACAUUCGUUCAUCAUGAAUAUGGUUUAAGGAAGCUCGUUGAUAUAGCGGUUGACAAAACGCCAGACGAUUCCCUUGCGUACAUCACGGACUCUUAUUGUGAGCACAUCAUAGUUUACAGCCGAAAAAUGGACAAAUCCUGGACAGUUAACACACCAGGCACGCGUUGGUAUUCGUUGGCCCUCUCUCCUAUCAGGGAAGCGAGACAGUUGUACCUUGGAAGUGCUAGUGCCAAUGAACUCUACUCAAUUUCUGUGUCUGAGCUGAAGAAUGAAGGUGGAAACGCUACUGUCAAAUUAAUCGGCAAAUGGAGAGAAGAACUCUACAGAAUGGUGAUCGACACUUCCAAUGUCUUGUAUGCUGCCAUGCUCAAGCAGAAUUACCUCUCUAAAUGGAAUAUUUCGGAGCCCUUUCGUAAGCGGCGAUUUCAUGAGGUCGAAGGACUGAAUAAAUAUCUUCCAUUUACUUUGGCUUUGGACACGACCAACACUUUAUGGGUGACGGAGAGAAAUCAAUCUGGGGGUGGGAAUAGGUAUAAACUACUCAAGGCCUCAGUCGACACAAGCACGUCCACAGGCUCGACUACUCCUCAAGUUAACGUGAAUGAAGAGACUUCUGAAGUCGUGAAAAGCGCGCAAACCCCAACAAGCGGUGCAUAUGCUGGUCUUGUAGGAGAUCACCCCAAAAGUCAGUCUUCAAACACAAUUAUUCCGAUUUUGUUGCUCGUUAGUUUCUUGGUUUUGAGCGGCACUGUCAUUUUGUGGCUGACCCUGAGGAUGAGAAGAAUGCGAACCACUUUCAGGCAGAUUCAGAUGGAAAAUAAUGGGGAAUUGUACGUUUUCCCUGAACGCAAUUAGUCUUCUACCAAGACAAAUAUAUAAAAUAUUUUGUGUUGCAUUUUAAUAAAUAAAGAAUCAAAUAAUUAUAAAAAGGUGGCCAUAAAGCAACGGUUCUAUAUUAAUAAAAGCUUGAAAUAAUUUCUUGAA